GAAGGUUUCCUCCUGAGUCAGGCAGAGGAGAAGAGGCAGGCAGAACAGAGGUUGGGUCUAUCAGUGAAGAUGGAAGCUAAGAUGGAAAGAGCUCUGUUGGAGGAGGGGCAGCUGGGCCAGGCCCAGGAAUGUGCCCAAAAUGCCCUCUCACACGGCAGUGAAGAAGCAGUGCUGAUCUGUUCUGUUCCUGGAGGUGUGAAAACAGCUACUGCACCUCCAGUCCAGUCUCUGGUUUCUUUUGAGGAGGUGGCCCUGUAUUUCACAGAGGCAGAGUGGGCACUGCUAGAUCCAGACCAAAGAGCUCUUUAUGAAGACGUCAUGCUGGUGAAUUAUGGGAGCGUGGCUUCUCUGGCAGCACAUGUUCAGGAGAUGGUUGGAGGAAACCAGGGGUUCUCUGUGGAAAAAGACAAGGAUGAUGUUUCUGAAGGAAAGGUUGAGGACAGAGACCAACCACCAAGGCAGGAGGGAAGCCAUUUGGACAAGACAGCAGAUAAGCCCAUUCUGUCCCACGGAGGAUGCUUCUGUGGAAGUCCAGUCCCAGAAGAAAGAUCAACCAAAACAAGAACAAAUGAAUGUCUUCGUGCUAAUCAGAGAAUCUGCUCCAGAGAAAACAAAAAUGAAAAUCUGGCCUUUGGAAAGACUUUUACAGGGGAUGAGCAGUGGAAUGAGGGUGAUAGGACAUUGCUAAAUAAAGUCCAGAACGAUGAUUUGGAAGGAAUCUUCAGGAAUCAAGGUGGACCUAAUCAGCAGACAGGAAGUCACAUGACUGAAAACAGGGAUGAGCCUAUUUCAUGCCAAGGGCAGGCUUUCAAUGAACUAAUGCAAACAGCAGAGGCACAUAAAUACUUGGAAUGUGGGAUGUCCUUUUCAGAUCUUUCUCAAAAUGACUGUGGAACACAUUCAGGAGAGAAUCCAUUAAUUUACAUAGGGAAUGGAAAGGACUUCUCUGGUGUAAGAAAGAGUAACGUACAUCUUCCAAAGCAAAAAAUAAUAAGGGCACGUAAAUGUUUUUGGUGUGGAAAGUUCUUCAGUUGCAGAUCAAAACUCUUACUGCAUCAAAGAACUCACACAAACGAGAAACCUUUUGAAUGUUCAGAGUGUGGAAAGAGAUUCAGUCGGAGAAACGUUCUUCAACGCCAUCAAAGAACUCACACAAAGGACAGACCUUUUGAAUGUUCAGAGUGUGGAAAGAGAUUCAGUCAGAGAAACGAUCUUCAACGCCAUCAAAGAACUCACACAAAGGAGAGACCUUUUGAAUGCUCAGAGUGUGGAAAGGGAUUCAGUCAGAGAAGCCAUCUUCAAAAGCAUCAAAGAACUCACACAAGACCUUUUGAAUGCUUAGAGUGUGGAAAGAGAUUCAGUCAGAGAAACGAUCUUCAAUGCCAUCAAAGUAGUCACACAGAGAAACCUUUUGAAUGCUCACUGUGUGGAAAGCGUUUCAAUCAGAGAAGCCAUCUUCAAAAGCAUCAAAGAACUCACACAAAUGAGAGACCUUUUGAAUGCUCAGAGUGUGGAAAGAGAUUCCGUCUGAGACACGAUCUUCAACGCCAUCAAAGAACUCAUACAAACGAGAGACCUUUUGAAUGCCUAGAGUGUGGAAAGAGAUUCAGUCGCAGUAGCACUCUUCAAGACCACCAAAAAACUGACACAAAAGAGAGAUCUUUUGAAUGCUCAGAGUGUGGAAAGAGCCUCCCGGCUUCCCACCCUCAGCUUAUACCCGAGUCAAUAAGUUUUCUCAGGUUUUAGCAGUGAAAUUAGGUGCCUCGGCUUAUACACGGGUUGGCUUAUACACGAGUAUAUAUGGUACAUUUAUUGUCUGAACUAGCCAGAUCCUUAUAAGCAACAGACUUUAUGAUCCUAGCAGAAGUAUGUCCAGCUCCUCCACCCCACUACUCACACAGGACACAGAAUUCCCAGAAAAGGAGGAGGUAGGAGGGGGGAGAGAAGGAGGAGGAAAGCAAAGGCCACUUCACCCAAACAGAUACUUUCCAAAAGGGAGAUAAUCUUCUUCAUUUGAUAACUCUCUUUCUCAGACCAAAAGAAGAAGAGUUUGGAUUUACAUCCUCACUUUUUCUCCUGUAAGAACUCUCAAAAGGGGUUUACAAUCACCUUCCCCACUCCACAACAACCACCCUUUGAGGUGGGUG